AUUAGAGUUUUUAUUGCAGAAAAAUGUUGUUUAAAGCAGUUGGUUCCUGUCGGAAGAUAAGAGCUAGAUUAUUUUCCUCUGAACCACCUUCUUGGAAUACAAUCUCGCAAUUUAGAUGGUUCUUGCCAAUACAGACAAGAUGGAAGGACAAUGAUCAAUAUGGACAUAUUAACAAUGCAGUUUACCAUUCUAUUUAUGAUACAGUGAUCAAUGUGUUUCUUAUCCGCCAUGUUGGAUUGGAUUUGGAAUCAGCUGUUUUACCGCGUGGUUAUAUGGUGACAAACAGCUGCACUUUUCUAGGAUCUGCCAGGUACCCUGAAGUAUACCUGGCAGGUUUAGGUGUUAGUAAGCUUGGAAAUACAUCUGUACGCUACAAACUAUGCUUGUUUCCUCAGAAGAAUCCAGAGGAAAGCCUUCUUUUGAAUUUGAAGGAUGGUCAUAACCCGACCGAUCCUGUUGUUCGGAGAUUUGCUGAGAAUGGAUUGGUUCAGGGUGAUUUUGUUCAUGUAUUUGUUGAUCCUAAAACUGAGAAACCUGUUCAUAUUUCUCAAGAGUGGAGAUCCAAACUAGACCUUCUUACAAACCAUUAUUAACCCUAGCUAAUCGGACCUCUUAUGUACCCACUUCCUAAUUGUGAACCCCCCCUCCUCCUCCAGUGCACGGCCCACCCCAGCCUGAAUAGUGAAUAUGGUUAACUAAAUCUGAAAUACAAAUUAUUUUUUGUUAAGGUUUUUGUUUUCUUUAAAAGAAUUAUACACUCCAUUGAUGAACGCUAUAAGAUGGGUUUAAAAAUAAACAAAAAAUAACUUA